UCCCAGUACCUGUGCCAGAUGAAUGAGUUUUUUCUUGCACACGCUGGGGAAUUGCUAUGGUGUCUCCUGUGAACUGGCGUCAAGCACCACUAACAGGUGCUGUGGGGGUGGAGCAGGAGGCUGGCCCUUCACUUCCGGUUCUGGGCAGCUUCUGAAGGGAGAGGACACCGCGGGGGAGGGCCUUGGCUUUAUUCCUGCGAUUUGCGGCUUGCACCAUGGCUGGAGCACCUGGCGUCUCGUUCCCUGAACUCUGUUCACUCCUAGCGUCCGGCCGGGCCCAGCUCUUCGAUGUGCGAUCUCGGGAGGAAGCAGCAGCUGGGACCAUCCCAGGGGCAAUCAACAUCCCGGUGUCAGAGUUGGAAAGUGCCUUGCAGAUGGAGCCAGCUGCUUUCCAGGCUCUGUAUUCAGCUCAGAAGCCAAAGCUGCAAGAUGAAAAUCUCAUUUUCUUCUGUCAGAUGGGCAGGCGGGGCUCCCUGGCCACACAGCUGGCCCAGAAGCUUGGAUACAUAGGGGCACGAAACUACGCUGGGGCCUAUAGAGAAUGGUUGGAGAAACAGGGUUAGGGAGCAGGUGGCGAGUGAUGCUGUGGAUGCCCCAACUGAGGAGGAUGAAGGGGCUGACCUGCUGGGGCUGGGGCAGCAUUCCAGUGCACAUGAAAAUAUCCAAUAAAGAGCAUUUCCUCAAGGCAUUCAAAGCAUUCAUUUGUCAGGUGGACCAGAGACCGCUCCAGUCAUCAUCACGUGUUUGAUUUAGACUUCCUGGAUCAUUUAUCUGUUCAGCAUCCUUAAACUCUACACCCCCAAGCCCCAAAUUCUGUUUGAGAGAAACUACAGGUUUCUUUUUAGAGGCCCAGGAUGCACAUCAGACUCUAGCAGCUCAAGGGGAGGAAAAAAAAAGUUUGACUUAUUCCACAUUGAGAAUCUGGGGCUUGGAGCUUUGGUGAGCUGUCAGGUGCUUCUGAUAUCCAAUCAGCAACAAGUUCCACUGUUUCACCACCCCACGGUUCUGAUUGGCUGUACCACACCCCUGCCUUUUGUUUAUGUACUGUUUGACAGAAUAUUUGAAGCGGGUUAUAUGUCCUUUAAACUUAAAAAAAAAAUAUGUAUUUGAAAGGCACAGAGAUAG